AUGCAGCCCUGGGCGCUCGUCAGUCCGGCGUCGAGAGGCAUUGGGCUAGAGCUCUCGCGACGACUCCUCCAGACCACCAACGUCCCCGUCGUUGCGACAGCUCGCAGAAAUCUCGACCAGGCCCGCGAGAAUAUCCUCUCGGGGUUGCGAGAUGUCAAAGAAGACAGGCUUCAUGUCGUGAAGCUAGACGUGCUGGACGAACACGUCGUGGAGGAAGCAGCGAAGACCAUCAGCGAGGUCCUGCCCAAGAAGAAGUCGUACUUGAGGCUGUCGCUGUGCAUACCAGGCCUACUAUUCCCCGAGAAGGCGCCACAUCAAAUCAACUACGACGAUGCCCUUCUCACCUUCCGCACAAACGCACUUGGGCCACUGUUGCUCAUGAAGCACUUAUCGCCAUUCUUACCGCGCAAGUCUACCAUGGUCGGGUCAUCAACGGGCUUGCCGGAUCAUGCUGUGUGGGCCAAUAUGUCAGCAAGGGUUGGGUCGAUCAGCGACAAUCGCCUGGGAGGCUGGUACAGCUAUCGGGCUUCGAAGUCUGCUGUCAACCAGCUCACCAAAACUUUCGACAACUACCUGCGGACGAGCGCCGGCGAUAAUGCUCUGAGCAUCAGUCUGCAUCCCGGAACGGUCAAGACAGACCUCAGUAAAGAGUUUUGGAACAAUGUCAAAGAGGGGAAGCUCUUCAGUACCGAGUUUGCAGCAGAAAAGUUGAUGGAGGUCAUCAACAGUCGCGCAGUGGAUGAUAGGGGCAAAUGCUGGGAUUGGAAGGGUGAAGAGAUACCACCAUAG